AUGCAACCCACAUCCUCGGACCCGCUCACACUCGUAUACGCAAAGCUAUUCAUAACCCUCAUUCACUACUCUCCACCUUCUCAAAACUUAAACCACACCAUCGACCUCAACGGACACCCUAUCUCGAAAGUAGAAGUAACCGGCAUCGUAGUCGAACUCCGCCACUACGCCGAAAAAAGCAUCUUAACCAUCGAUGACAGCACCGGAUCUCUCGUCUGCAACUUCUGGCCCGCGACUACCGCCCAGUUUCCACAACUUAAAAACGCCCCAAACCUACACGCCCUCCAAGAAUCUAUCGAACUAGGAUGCCUCGUCACGGUCUAUGGCAAACUCCAUAUCUUUACCGACAAAUCGUACCAACCAACCCGCGAACUCAAUGCCCACCACCUAAAAAUCGAAGACGACGAACACGCCGAAAUGCUACAUUGGCUUGAAUGCAUCCACCUGUACGAUAACGUCUACUCCAAAAACCCACCCUUCGAAAACUCUAGUCAAUUCAAACUGUCAAAGGCCAUAAAAGACCUCCUACAAUUCAAUCCAACCACCAAAGACUCCCUGGACCUGCUCCCACCCUCUCAGCCCGUCUUCACUGCCGACGACCUGCUGAAAAACAAAGACGUUGCAGCCGCAGUAGAAGAACAUAUAAAAGAACCACAAAACAAACAUAGCACAAAAGAAAUAGAGAUUACUAAAUUCCUGAAUAAUUUAGUACAAAACGGUGACCUUUUGUCCGUACAAGACGAAACUUGUCAAAAUUCGAACAAACCACUCUACAAAGUAGUUUCAUUCGAGAUCUUGGGACCAAAAGUCAUGGAAGUCAUUCGGUCGGAAUACGAAAAGCUACCGAUAAAGCUAUACGGAGUCAGAGAUUCGCACAUCUUCAAAAUUUUACGCACCCAAGAUAACCUGUCGCAUUUGAAAAUGAACCAUGUAAUCCUGUGUUUAAACGAGUUGGUCUUGCUAGGGCUUAUCUACGCACUAAGCGACAGUGAAUUUAAGGUAGUAAGUUGA